CUUCUUUUCCUGCGCAUUUCGGAUCUCGCAUAUCCUCUCCGCAGAGUGCAGGCAUCGCUUGGCUGAGGUUCACCUGACUUUUCCGACUCACGGACUUUACUUUUCCCCCUUGCCCCGGUCUCCUACCCAUCUCCUGUCUGCACUGAUCACCACCAUUUACACUAACAAGUUUGAUGAAACUGCCGCCUAAGCCUCUGGACUGGACCGGAGAUCUGGAAAUGAAGACAGAUUUUACGUUUGUCUGUCGGAUUUGGAUUGGAAUCGCAUAUGCCUCAGGUCUGGUGAUUGGAUUUUCUAUGACUCCGCCCACCCUUGACAGCCCCACAGACGAUAUAGUGAUUCCAGUCCAUGAAACACUAACCAUUACAUGCAGGGGACAGCGCACACUGGCCUGGGCCUGGCCUGAUCAGACUCUGGUGGGACAGGAGCUCAGUGACCGUCAGGCCCAGCUGCAGCCCACCAGGAGCCCCGGGCAGAGAUCGGCCUUGAUGCGGGAGUGUCAGGGCCAGCCUGGCAAGCCGUACUGCAAGAUCCUGAUCCUGAGCGGCACGUGGGGAAACGACACCGGCUACUACCGCUGCUCUUACAAGGAUGUCAAGGCCAUCAUUGACGGCACCACUGCCGUCAGCAUCUAUGUCUUUGUCAGGGAUCCUGACCAGCCCUUCAUCAGGAGAAACGGCUACGGUGACAGCAGUGGAAAUGGAGACCUGGAGACCAUUUUAAUCACACGCUUCUCUACUCACAUAGUGGUGCCGUGCCUGGUCACAGUGCCUGACCUCAACGUUACUCUCCACGCGUAUCCCACUCCUCUGGAGAUGGACGGUGUGACAUGGGACAACAAGCGAGGCUGGUCCAUUCCCCGGCAUAUCUUAGACAGCAUGCCAAUGGUCAUUGGCCUUAUAUGCAUAGCCACACUCGGAGACAAAGAGUACCAAUCCAGCAACUACUUGAUCCACACUACAGGAAGUCAGGUUUACGAUGUCAAGCUGUUUCCUGAGGACCCAGUUGAGCUGAUAGUGGGGGAGGCCCUCAACCUUAACUGCACGGCAUCAGUCGAGUUCAAUACAGGGCUGGACAUGAAGUGGUCUUAUCCUGGCAAACAGACAAACAGUUUGGUGAGCAUUCAGCACCAGCGCGACGCUCUGGCACGAGCCACAGAGGCCGUCAGCAUCCUGACCAUCCACAGUGUCAAUGUCACCGACACCGGGCCGUACAGCUGCACCGUCACCAGCACGGAGACGACACAGACCCUGGAAACUCAGGUCAUAGUUCAUGAAAAGCCAUUUAUAAGCCUUGACUACAGAAAUGGACCAUUAGUGGAGGUAAUGGCCGGCCAGAAAUCCUUCAAACUGCAAGUGAAAGUGUCUGCCUACCCCACACCAGAAACGCAAUGGUAUAAAGACGGAAAGCUGAUUAGCCAGCGUCCAGAGUUCAGGAUGAAAAGGAUGAGGACGCACCCAAACCACGCUUUGGAGAUCAAAGAUGUUUGUCAGGAGGAUUCUGGGUACUACGCCGUGGUGCUGAAGAACAGUGAUGCUGGGCUGGAGAGGAGCCUCAACAUCACUCUUGUUGUCAAUGUUCCUCCCCAGAUCCAUGAGAAAGAGGUGGCCGAGCCGUCCAGUCCAUACCCAAGUGGCAGCAGCCAGAUUCUGACAUGUACUGCCUACGGUCAUCCUGCACCCAAUGUCAGCUGGCAGUGGAGGGCAUGGGGCCCCUGCGUCCUCAACAGCACCCAAAGCAGACUAGUCCGCCGAGACAGGAAGGGCCGGAGUGACAGGAUCGCAGACUGUCAGAACUGGCAAGACAUUAACUCAGAAAAUGCUGUGAACGAAAUCGAGGUUAUUGAGCCUUCCACCGAAGUAGUGGAUGGCCGGCAAAAGAUCGUGAGCCGGCUCUACAUUCACAACGCCAGCGUUUCAAUAAUGUACAAAUGCUCUGCUGAAAACAAAGUGGGCAAAGACGAGAGGCUGAUAUACUUCUAUGUAACCACCAUCCCCGAGGGCUUCAGUGUGGAGGUGCAGCCCUCGGAGGAGCCCCUGGAGCAGGAGAAGGUGUCCCUCUGCUGCAGCGCUGACAAUUACACUUAUGAGCAGCUGCAGUGGUAUCGCCUGGAUCCCCAGGCCCUGCAGGAUGAGCGAGGAAAGCCACAGGAGCUGGACUGCAGGAGCGUCCAUCUCUACGCGGACUCGCUGGCAGCCCAGCUCUCCUUCCAGGAGCCGUCCAACAGCUGGGUCCUGGAGUUCACCAUCCCCUCUGUACGGCUGCAGGAUGAGGGCCAUUACGUGUGCGAGGCUCAGAGCAGGAGGAGCGGGGAGAAACAGUGCCUGUUCAAAUACAUCUCUGUCAAAGCCCUGGAGGCGCCUCGGUACAAGCGCAGCCCCACCAACCAGACUGUGAAUGUGACGGAGUCUCUGCGGAUGGAGUGUGAUGUGGAGGGCAGACCUUUGCCCCAGCUCUCUUGGUUUAAAGACAACCAGCCUCUCCACCAAAUGUCAGGGAUCCAGCUGCAGGAUUCCAACCGGACGCUCAGUAUCCAGCGGGUGAGAGAGGAGGAUGCCGGUCUCUACACCUGCACCGCCUGCAACCAACGCGGCUGUGUCCACUCCUCCGCCGCCGUCCAAGUCAUCGGUUCAAGUGACAAGGCCAAUGUGGAGAUUGUAAUCCUCAUUGGGACUGGAGUCAUCGCUGUGUUCUUCUGGGUUUUGCUCAUCCUCAUCUUUUGCAACGUGAAACGGGUGAACCCGGCAGACAUAAAGACGGGCUAUCUGUCAAUCAUUAUGGACCCGGGCGAGGUGCCCCUGGAUGAGCAGUGUGAAUACCUGCCCUACGACUCGUCACAGUGGGAAAUCUCCCGGGACAGACUCCGGCUAGGAAAAGUCUUGGGCCACGGUGCCUUUGGGAAGGUAAUUGAGGCAUCGAUCUUUGGCAUCAGCAAGAGCAACAGUCUGGACACAGUGGCAGUCAAAAUGCUGAAGGAGGGAGCCACGGCCAGUGAGCACAAGGCCUUGAUGUCCGAGUUAAAGAUACUGAUUCACAUCGGUAAUCACCUGAAUGUUGUGAACCUCAUAGGCGCUUGCACCAAACCCAAUGGUCCACUGAUGGUGAUAGUGGAAUAUUGCAAGUACGGGAAUCUGUCCAACUACCUGCGAGCCAAGAGAGAGUUCUUCCUGCCAUACAGGGAUCGCUCUCCCAAAACUCAGAGCCAGGUGAGACGGAUGAUUGAGGCGGGUCAAGUGGACCAAAGAGGUCGCCACCCACCUUCCCCGUCCUCCCCCUCACUUGGCGGCCCUCCGACUCAGACACCCAACAUUAGCACUCCUGCUGUGGAGAAAAUGGAGGACUUGUGGAAAACUCCUUUGACGAUAGAAGAUCUCAUUUGCUACAGUUUCCAGGUGGCUCGUGGGAUGGAGUUCCUGGCGUCCAGAAAGUGUAUCCACAGAGACCUGGCAGCCCGGAACAUUCUCCUGUCAGAGAACAAUGUGGUGAAGAUCUGUGACUUUGGCCUGGCCAGAGACAUAUACAAAGACCCCGACUACGUCAGGAAAGGCAAUGCUCGCCUGCCUUUGAAGUGGAUGGCUCCAGAGAGCAUCUUCGAUAAAGUGUACACCAGCCAAAGUGAUGUGUGGUCUUUUGGAGUUCUCCUCUGGGAAAUCUUCUCACUGGGUGCCUCUCCAUACCCAGGGGUACAGAUCGACGAGGAGUUUUGUAAGCGAUUGAAAGACGGUACCAGGAUGAGAGCUCCAGAGACAGCCUCCCCUGAAAUAUACGGGAUCAUGCUGGCCUGCUGGCAGGGUGAGCCCAGGGAGAGGCCGACCUUCCCUGCCCUGGUGGAGAUCCUAGGAGACCUGCUGCAGGAUAACAGCCUACCGGACGGGAAGGACUACAUCCCUCUGAACCACUCCCAGAGCUCAGAGGACGACGGCUUCUCCCAGGUCUCAUCACGCCCUCCAUCUGAAGAGGAGCUGAGGCUGGCCUGCAACACCCUGCCCACCAGGUAUUAUAACUGCGUGCCCUUUGCCGGGUGUGUGUUUGUGGGACCAUCAAAAAUGUGCCAGCCCAGAGUGAAGACAUUUGAAGAGUUGCCCCUGGAGAUGCACCCACAGAAAUCUCCACAGGACAACCAGACAGACAGUGGGAUGGUUUUGGCCUCAGAAGAAUUUGAGCGAAUCGAACACAAGCACAGGGGUGCAAUCUCAAAAAGUCAUGGCAGCAGCAGGAGCACAGAGCGUCUGACAGCCUCCCACGGCUCCCUGGAUCGAAGCAGUGGCACAGGCUCGUCCAGGCACCGGCCCGCCUUCCUCAGCCAGCUGUCAGGACAGACCUUCUACAACAACGAGUAUGGACAACUGUCUGAGGAGGGCGUCUGUGACUUCUUCUCCUCGCCAGACGCCUCCUGCCUGGCUUCCUCCAACCUGUAACCUACCAAAGAUGCAGCCGAGAGACAGGAGAGGGUAGAAAUUCACUGCCACCGGGGGGCAACGCGGGUCAAGGGAAGUGCUACUGUUGACAUUUAAUCAAUCAUCUAUUCAAGAAGAUCAUGUCUAAUCGUGCGUGUUGAUAAUAAGCUCAAACACAAAAGCCAGCCUGAAGACCACAGCUGACCUCUUCUUAAUACUCUCAUCUCAAAGCCCUCUCUCUCUCUCUGGGUUGCUGCACUGAAAUGGACUGAGCUGUAUGUGCCUGAAGUUCCUCUAACCAGCCACUGGGUGGCAGCAUUAUGUCA